AUGCGCAUGCGUACGAACAAAACCAGGAGGGGAUGUUUUUCUCUCCUCUCGUCCUCGCGCGAUGAUGCGCUUUUCAACCCAAUCCUCUUCCUUUCCGUGGCUACUUUUGCCCGAGUAGUAUUCGUAGUACUCGUUCUCGCGGAAGCGAUGAUCGAGGACAUCGGGGAAGUGGAAAUGAUUCCAAGACCAUUUUUAGCCUGGUCCAUGCGGGAGAAGAUUUGCGUUGUUCGGAGAAACGGCGAAGAUGCGUUGGAAAAGGUUAUGCCCAUUUUUGAGACGAACGAGGAGGAGAAGAACGAUUUUUCGCAUAUUCCUUCUCUACAUUCGAUGUUGGCGUUGUAUUAUUCAAACAACGACCGAGGAUUGCCAUGCGAUAAAAGAGGAGAGGAGAGCGAUGACGGGUAUUCUUCUUGCGCCAACAUCUGUACGAACGAAACCGAUGUCGCGGAUACGCGUUUGAGAACAGAGUCGAUUAAGCUCAAACCGAAGGAACAUUUAUACGUAAACUCGAGCGCGGUUAUUUCAGCGUUUGAAAACACUGAUUCGACGAAUCCAUUUUCUUUACCUUUGGGUACGAACAGUAGUUUUGAGAUUACGUUCGUACCUACGCAGACGAUGCGAAGCGCAAACGCGUCGUCCGGAUACGCGACGAUUUGGACUUUGGAAGAUAGUUUUGAAAACUACACUCCAAACGGCGGGACGACGCCUUCAGUGGUCGCGAGGGAACCAUGCGAUGCGUGGCCUGGCGUACCGCCAAGAUUCCGCGUUCGGUACGGACCGAAGUACUUUAUGGAUGGAACAGAGAAUGCCGCGGUUAUCGUGGAAACGCACGUGCAAUGUCAACAGUACGCGUUCGUUGCUCCGGAAGAGGUGAUGUUUCGAAAGAAUCCUGUUUUUGAAAACUCAUAUCGAUGGAAUAGCAGUAGUGAUAGUAACGAGUCAUAUUUAGCCGUCUCGCUCGUGGUUUCAUUUCGAGGCGGUGAGAUAGAUGGUUCUUCUGAAUCCAUAUUUCUCAGCGUAGACGCGUUUGCAAACGGUCAACCGCUUCGUCUCGCGACGACGCGAAAUGUGCAGUUUGGUCAAUCGUACUCUUUGCCGAGUAUGAACGCGUUGAGUAAGUUUAUCCGCCUCGGUGACCAUUGCUGUUUUGAUGGAUACGUUAAGUAUUUUGCAAUGUAUAAUACAUCGUUGAGUACAUCUAACGUGCAAGCGUUGCACCGCGGAAAGCUGAGAAAAAGAGUACCCGAAACGGUGCUCAUAAAUACGCCCGUUGUUUUUGAUGUUGUCGCCGAGGACGGCAAUAAUGAAAGGAGAGUGAUUCAAGUCCUCGCAAUUGAUAAAGAGGAAAUGUACGACACGUUUAAAGUCGAAAUGAUUACAUCCCCGUCCAUAGGACGCGUUGGCUCUUGCGACGAAGAGUCUCCUUCGUUGACUUAUUGCGCUCACGCGACGUGUACGUUUUGCUAUUAUCCUCCACACAAGCUUCGCUCGGCGGUGACGGCAUCGACAGCGACAUGUAUAGAGUUCCUCGCGCUUCCUUUCGAUGCAAAUGUAACGGAGUAUCCUUUGUCGGCUAUAGAAUCAGCGAGAGUGCGCGUGACGGUCAAUCUCUUACCUCCGCUCUUGGCGUGCGUUUUUCGAGAAGACGCCGCCGAGCGCGACGCCCAAUCGUGUUCAACGAAAACAAACACCGUCGUGUUGAAUGUCACGGAAGACGAGGAAACUGUUGUGCAUGCAUGCGUAAACGAUACUCGAGUACACUCGAAUAUGCUCUCGUCAGGAAAUAUGGGAAAUAUAAACGUUAACUUUAUUCAAUUUCCAACGAAGGGCGCGGCGUACUGGCAGGAAUCGCAAAAAUAUGCGAUAGAAGUAGACGGGCGCGUGUUCGCGUGUAGUACAUUUUCGUAUACACCGGUAAAGAAUUACCACGGGAGUGAUAUAGCCACCAUUCGCGUCGUAUCGACGAGCAACGAAAACGUGUCGGCGACAUUCACGAAGCAAAUCAUUUUUGACGUGAUAAAUAUCGAGGAUGCUAAAACCUUGGUCGCCGAGAGCGCGGAUGUCUUUCCGGUUGUUGAAUGGAUGUCGCGAGUCGACUUGUCUCGUUCAUUUACCGUAUCGAACGCCGGAGUGGAUUCAGAUAUGUUUUUGGUGCGCGUAUCAAUCGUCUCUGAUUGCCAAAAUCUAGUCUAUCUAACGAAUGAUACCGCGUUGGACGCCGCCGCAUCACUUCCGUUGCUGCGCGGCGACGGCGGAGGUGACUCGAAAGUUGAGUUUGAAGCGACGCCUACGGUGGCGAACGCGCUUUUAGAAUCUAUGGAAUAUCUGAACGUGUACAAUAGAUAUGGUGAUGAUCUUGAGUACGUUAACGAUACAGUUACCGUUCACAUUUCCUCGGUGAUGAGCUCGAAAAAUCUCAAACCGUCCGAGACUUCAAUACGUUUGCGGGUGAAACCGCCUUCGAUUGACUCGUAUCGACUCGCGCUGACGGAUGCGUUCCGGGGCGACGAGAAUAAGGAAGUCGCUCGCGCGCGCUCCAAACUUUACGGAAUACUCGCGGCAUCGUGUUUGCUCGCACUGCAGUUGGUCACUUUACAACGUCUCAAGAGCAAAUCUUACGAGGAUGAUGAUGAUGAUGAUGAUUAUAAUCAUCAUUGA